AUGGCCUUCUAUGCCGAUGAGGCUCCGAUAAAAUUUCCGAAAUAUUGCACAUAUCUGGAUUUAGAGCUAGAGCUGGGUGUGUUGCUCGGUGGCCACCUGUUCAACGCCACAGCUGAGGAAGCCAAGUCUGCGAUAGCAGGCUUUUGCAUCUUCAAUGACUUCUCUUCUACCGUCGUCUCUGCAGACGAGAUCAUGCCUAGAAUCGAGAGACUCACUGGCCGCGUCAUUAUCAACGGGCAAGUUGUCCAAGGGUGCAAUACUGAUCGAUGGCAAUUUACCGUAGCUGAGGCUAUUGCUCAUGUAUCAAAGAGCACCCGACUAUACCCUGGAGAGUUUUUCGGCACAGGGACGUUUCCUCUGGGUGCUGGAAUUGAGCAUGCGAGCUUCAAAUUGAAGGUUGGAGAUGUUGUACGACUGGAAAUUGACGGAAUAGGCAGUGUGACGAACAAGAUCGUAGCAGACGAGUGA